GAAGAAGAAGAAGAAGAAGAAGAAGAAGAAACGGGGAGAAAGUUUCUAGUUUUUGAUGGAAAAAAGUUUCAAAAACACAAAUAUGAGAGUUGAAGUUUGACUUAAAGAGACUGUUGGAUAUAAAUAUAAACAAUAUAAACGCUGCUGACAGGAAAUACUGUUAAAAAAUAGAGGAAAAGAAGAAAAAACCAGCGGCGUUUAAAGUUUAAAGUCCUCAGCAGAAGCCCGGUGAGUUUACAGAAUGUUUCUUUGUGAUUAACGAGCCAAAGAUGGACGGAAAGUGUCGAGAAAGGAGAGAAGAGGAGGAAGGAGAGGAGGAGGACAGAACACUACAGACCAGGAGAGAAGAGGAAGAGGAGGAGGAGGAGGAGGAGGAGGAGGACGAAGAGACGAUGAAGGUGGGAAACAAAGACCCAGUGAUGGGUGGACCCACUCCGAUCCCCGCCUCCUCCUCCUUCACCUCCUUACCCUUCCUCUCCUGCUCUCUGAGCCGAGGAAGAGGAGGAGGAGGAGGAGGAGGAGGAAAUGAGGACGGAGAGGAAGACGAGGUCACGGUGGCCAUCGUCACCAUCGAGGACGAGUCCUGUCCAUCAGAGCCGUUCGGCACCGCCCACCUGGAAACAACCAAUCAGAUCACACGGACGGAGGAGGGCGGGGCCAAAGAGGAGGAAGGAGAGAAGAAAGAGGAGGAGGAGGAGGAGGCGAGCGGUGAUGAAAGAGAGGAGGAAGAGGAGGAGGAGAACGCAGAGGAGACGUCUCCAUGGCUUCACCUGCAGACUCAGAUGAAGAGGAAGCUGGACCACGGGCCUGACGGACGGCCCUUCCCUUCAGGGAAGAAGCACUGCAAAGGCAACGGAUACCUCAGUCCUGCCAGUCUGGUUCAGGCCACCACCCCGACCACCUUCGGUGACCUCCGGCUGGCCAAUGGGCAUUCGGCUCAGCGGCGGCGCGUCACCUCGGGCCCGCCCCCCUCCGGCCUGCAGGACUGGCUGCACACCUUCCAGAUGUGGAGCGGUCCUGAGAGGCUAUUGGCUCUGGACGAGUUGAUUGACAGGUGUGAGACCAAUCAGGUGAAGCACAUGAUGCAGGUCAUCGAGCCUCAGUUCCAGAGAGACUUCAUAUCCCUGCUGCCCAAAGAGUUGGCGCUGUACGUGCUGACCUUCCUGGCGCCCAGAGACCUGCUGCAGGCGGCUCAGACCUGCAGGUACUGGAGGAUCCUGGCUGAGGACAACCUGCUGUGGAGGGAGAAGUGCCGCGAGGAAGGUGUGUCGGAGUACGCGUCGUCUCGCCGCAGGAAGUGCGUGCGUCCUGGCGUGGCGGUCAGCCCGUGGAAGUCGGCCUACAUCAGACAGCACCGCAUCGAGAACAACUGGAGGAAGGGGGACACGGGGGAGCCCAUGGUGCUGAAAGGUCACGACGACCACGUCAUCACCUGUCUGCAGUUCAGCGGCGACCUCAUCGUCAGCGGCUCCGACGACAACACGCUCAAAGUCUGGUCGGCCAUCAGCGGGAAGUGUCUGCGGACGCUGUCGGGUCACAGCGGCGGCGUGUGGUGCAGCCAGAUGUCGGGCGCCACGGUGAUCAGCGGCUCCACCGACCGCACGCUGCGGGUCUGGGACGCCGAGAGCGGAGAGUGUGUCCACACGCUGUACGGACACACGUCCACCGUACGCUGCAUGCACCUCAACGGCAACAGGGUGGUGUCGGGCUCUCGGGACACCACGCUGCGUGUGUGGGACGUGUCGACGGGCCGCUGUGAACACGUGCUGACGGGUCACGUGGCGGCGGUGCGCUGCGUGCAGUACGACGGGCGCCGCGUGGUCUCCGGGGGUUACGACUACAUGGUGAAGGUGUGGGACCCCGAGACGGAGGCAUGUCUGCACACGCUGCAGGGACACACCAACAGAGUGUACUCGCUGCAGUUUGACGGUGUGUUUGUGGUGAGCGGCUCGUUGGACACGUCCAUCAGAGUCUGGGACGCAGAGACAGGCGGCUGCGUCCACACGCUGACGGGCCACCAGUCCCUGACCAGCGGCAUGGAGCUGAGGGACAACAUGCUGGUGUCCGGGAACGCCGACUCCACCGUCCGGGUCUGGGACGUCCGGACCGGACAGUGUCUCCACACGCUGCAAGGUCCCAACAAGCACCAGUCUGCGGUGACGUGUCUCCAGUUCUGCCGUGGUCUGGUUCUGUCCAGCUCUGAUGACGGGACGGUGAAGCUGUGGGACCUGAGGACGGGCGCCUGGCUGAGGGACGUGGUGGCGCUGCAGAGCCGCGGAUCAGGCGGCGUGGUGUGGCGUAUCCGUGCGUCGGACACCCGUCUGGUCUGCGCCGCCGGCAGCAGGAACGGGACGGAGGAGACCAAGCUGCUGGUGCUGGACUUCGACCUGGACCAGCCCCAGACGGAGCCGGCCGAGUGACAGGAACACUUCCUGUUUGACCAAAGUCCAGGUACGAACGGUGACAACACGCCAGCGAGGUGGCGUGGGACGCCACGGCGUUCACCACCAACACCAGACUGAGGCUGCUUCUGCCUGACGACACACGGCGACCCAUGAAUGUUCCAGACGGACAGAAACAGGAUCUAGAUGUUUUUAUACCGCGUCGGGUGAAUGUUGACGGACGGAUUUAAAGAGAAAACGAUGGAUUUUU